UAAUCCAACAACCAGAUCGCCAGAGAUCAGUGUGUAACUUGACUCGGCCAACUAAAAGAAACUUGAAGUUGUGUUCAGUUUUUGUGCACAAGUGAAGAAUUUUUACAAUAGUUAGUUAGUGUACACGAAGCAGAUCAAAACGAUACGCUCGAAAUGGAUUACACCAAACGAAAUGGACAUAAGACAUUUACGUUGCUGGUUUGUGCAGCGUUCAUGUUACUGAGUGCAGUUCAGUUCGCAUCUAGUUGCAACGAGAUGGUUUGUGCUAGCAUAGUCUCAAAAUGUAUGCUGACGCAAAGCUGCAAAUGCGACAUGAAGAACUGUACCUGCUGCAAGGAGUGUGCAGAUUGUCUGAGCUAUCUGUACACCGAAUGUUGCAGUUGCCUUGAGAUGUGUCCAAAGCCCAUUGAAACUUCUAGUGAAUUAUCGAAACAAUCGCACAUCGAAGACCUAGAAGGAUUCACGAACCUGUACAAUGUAAUAACAUCUGAACAGGAUCCACAAGGCCGUUGGAAAGUGAUCUCUUUUCCGAUUGAUAUCGACGCUGCGUUGUAUGGACCGAAGGCUGAUAGUGGUACUAAAUAUGUCGUUCAUUCAACAGACAUGGAUAUUAAACAAAAGUUUGAGGAUCCCAACAAGAUCACUGUAAACUGCACCGUUGCCUAUCAGGCGCAGUGCAUGUCAUGGAAUAAGUGCAAGCAAAGCUGUUCAACAAUGGGUGCCAGUAGCUAUCGUUGGUUUCACGAUGGCUGUUGCGAAUGUGUUGGACAAUACUGCAUAAACUACGGCAUUAAUGAAUCACGUUGCCGCGAUUGUCCUGAAAACAAGGAGCACGAUCUGGAUGACUAUGCGAAUGAAGACGAACUGGACUACGGCGACAGUAUAGGGCCACUUGAUAACUCCGCAGGUGAUGUUCUUUCCGACGAUGCUUCUGUUUCCGCAGCCAAAUCAAUAUACCAAUCCUCUGCACCAAGUCGCAUGUAUAGUACCAUCAAGUCUCUGCAAAACUUUCUUCUCAAGGGCAUAUUUUGUGUGCAACCAUAGGUGGCUGGUCUUUCUACGCGAUAGCAAAAUUAAGACACUGUUGGGAUACGAUUGUAGUUUGUUGCUCCCUAC